AUGCCUCCCAACUCCUCCGUUCGUUCUGCCGCAUUCCCCCUGAUAGAACCUGGUAUUGAUCCCUCACAGCACUCAGACCCUCAGCAAACGUCUCCAGACCCUCGCCGAUCGUCGAUUCCCGCCCCUGUGGAGACCGAUGCCCAUGAUGACAAUGUAAACUUCCUGCGAUCGCGUCCAGCUCUCUUCAACCCGUCAUUACCCUCCUUGAGCCGCCACCGUCGCCGUCGUUAUCCCGUCAACCUCCCAACCGAAACCGAUCGCAUGGAAGUGGAAGACACAAACAACCAGCGCACUUCUGUCGAGCUCAAUCGUCGCAUCCCUAUCGUCCGCUCACCACAAGAAUCAACCAUGCCGAACUACGAGGGCCGAGGGCCCAACUCUCGCUCCCUGUAUGGCUGGGCACCCGGAUCAGAUGAGGAGGAUGGUGGCGCGCGUGAGGAAUCGGAAGAUGAUCAAGUGCAGCCAUUUCUCCAUACCGUUUCAAGCCGCACAGCACCCACACGACCUCCGCGACAUGAACUUCCGGGCCCCGCGCAACUUGUACCCCAGGAAAUCAUCAACCAGCAGCGAGCACGAACGCCGAUCACCGCCAUGGCCGCCUUAUUACAAUCUGCGAGACGUCAACCUCGACUAGCAAGAACUCGCACCCUGGAAAAUUAUCUCCUGGAUCGAUACGCCGAUCACACAGACCAUGAACAAGAACCGGAUAAUGAGCAUGCGGUGGCGUCUGCAUCUCGCGCAUACCGCUAUCGCCCCUCAUAUCAGUCCGACUCACAACAAACCACCCACACACACAACGACCUUCGCGCCCGCGCCGCCGCUCAUCGCCAGUUACAGUCGGAUGGUCAGUCAAGUGAUAUUCUGAAAGAAACAAUAAGCUACCUCGAUCGCCUCCGAUAUUCAAACUCCCUCGAAGAGAGUAUGCUCGCCGCCGCCGACAGUCGGUUACCGAUCUCUAUGGACAACAAAUCGUGGCGAGAUACCGAUUUCAUCCUCUACACACCCAACAUCGCACCCCCGGCAGCAUGCUCAUGGCUUCGUUCAGGCAUGGCUUUCUCGGGAUCCCAGCGUGCCGCGAGCGCCGGAUCCUCCCUACUAUCGCAACGAGUCUCCAGUCCGCAAACACCCAGCGAACCCGUCAUUGUGAAUGGAAGUGAAAGCAACCCCCGGGUAAGCGUUUCUACCACGAGCGGUCGCCGAUACACAGCCAGCCAUCGCGACGAGAAUUGGCCUGUCAAGGUCACCAUACAUCAUAUCAACGAGGAGGAGAUGACACUGUCUGGGACCAUGGAGGCGUACAACAUCCCCGACAAGACCUCACCCACGCACGACGCACACAUUGUGACAUUCUUGGAGGGUGAAAUCAUCGACUUCAACAAGCACACACUGGAAACCAAAAAUUUCAAAGCGGAUGCCGAUAUCGAUAGUACAUACUGGCGAGAACUGCAGCCUUUCAAGGAUCUGACAGAUGCCGAAAUGGCCCGCAACCUUGUCAGCCGAAAAUGGAUCACGGAAGAAUUGUCCAGAGGGUGGAUCCUGAUGAGAUGGAAGGAACGAUGCUUCAUCACACCCACCGAUGCUCGACAAGGUCUAACCAUUUCCGGAUUCUAUUACAUCUCUCUCCGGCGCGAAGACGGACAAAUUGAAGGUCUAUACUAUGACCCCGGAAGUUCACCAUAUCAACAGUUGUCCCUGAAGCCAGAGACGACGAAAAUGGUUCGCCCUGCUUAUGACUUCCGUUAA